GAAAAAAAAGAGAGAAGAUUUUGUUGACUGUAAGGAUAGGACAACAGCAUGAGAAGCUUUCUUUUCAAAGCAACAACUACUUAUUAUUAGUUAUUUCAUUUUUUUAUUUAUUAUUUUUCUUCUUCUCUCAUCAUUAAACUUGCCAUCUUUAAUUAAAACCAACACCAAUACUUCCUAAUGCCCAUCAAAUUGCCACUGGUCUCAAUACUUAAUCGGAUGGAUUAAACUCUCUUUACUCUGAUUCUUCUAUCCGUCUAAUCCGCUGGUCAAACAGCUUUAUAUCUCUCUACCCGAUUUCAAGUCAACAUAGUAACCUUCGCCUGACCAUUGCUAGGAAUUCAAAUGGGCAAAUCAGCUUGUCCCUACCAAAAAUGCUGUUUAUAACCAAUACUAAUAAGAGUCUAUUGUUUGGGUUCAACGUUGGAAUUGUAUCUUAUCUUUUCAUCACUACUCAACCAUUCCUGUUGUGAUUAAAAUAUUGGUAAAAAGUGUCAUUAAUCUAGAAUAUACAUCCUGAUCAAUGUGAUUUUCUUCAUCGAGUGAAAUUAUUUUUAUUAUCAAAUGGUUAUAACUUAUUAGCCAUGGUUCUAAUGCAUCUGGUAACUUACAAGUUUGAUUGACUUUAUUGCUUUCAUCACCAUUAUCAGCUAUACAGGCUACCAUCUCAAUGUUAAACUCAUAUUCAAUGCAACUUUAAUUUACGUUUUCUUCGGUGUCAUCAAAAGUUAACAAUCUGGCAAUAAAAAAGUCUAGGUGUGCUUUAUAUAAUUUUUGGUGCAGCUCUGUGAUCCAAUCGUCCGAAAUAUUUUCUGCCUUAAGUUUAUCACGUUCACUGAAACUUUAGUCUUUUCCACAUCUUCCGCCACUUUGAUUCUUCCAAUUUUCAUAAUUGCUCGCCUAUUUAUUCACUUAAAAUAUUUAUUGAUAUCAUCCUUCCAUUUUUCACUUUCGUCAUCAACAUCAUCACUCAAUUUGUACAACAACACCGUUCAACCAAGAAUAUAAUCUAUUUUUGAAUCUGGCUAAAUACGAGAUAUUGAGAGAAAGCGAGUCCAAAGCUUCUCAUAAUAAAAUAAUCAUGAGAUUAUGGUUAUCCUUAGCUCGAUUAGAUUCUCGUAAUCUUCUCAAACUUCUGAUCACGGUGAAUGUAGUCCUUGCCUUUUAUCAACUUUUGUCAUUCCACUUUAUCUCGAAGCCAGCGGCAUGUAUAUUGAAUAUCCGACCAUCACCUUUGCUUCAAGAUGAUCCCCAAUCAAAGCAAAUUAUUUCUUCAAUAUCGGAUGACUCUAGAAGUUUAAAAUUUUCCUCAAAUGCUCUGCUCACCAAUGGUGAAAAGGGUGAAGCAGCAGCGGUUGCGGCCGUUGGCGCAGCUAUGGUUGCCUCUGAAUCUCUUAAUGCACCAACAAUAUCUCAAUUAACAUACAGACAAAGGAGUGCAUGGUGGACAACAGAGCAACGUAAUAGUUACAUUGUGAUAAAGAAUUACAUCCUGCCAGAGACAAAGAUAAAUAACCUUCAAUUAAGUGCCAAUGAAAGCCAGAAUGAUGUCAGUGUUACCUUAACUACCCAAGGGACUUUUGAAUUUUUAAAUCACGUUGAGGCUCUUUGUAAACGUUGGGAUGGUCCAAUAUCGGUUGGAGUUUAUGCACCUGGUGAUGAUAUUGCCAUUUCUCUUGAAUUGAUUUAUUUUAUGAGAACUUGUCGACAUGAAUGUGUUGCUCGUAAUGUUACUUGGCAUUUUAUUUAUGAUAUUAACCAUGGACCAGAUAAAGACAAAGUAACUUAUCCAGAAGAUUAUGUUAAUUUAACCGAGUUCAAUUGUCAAGCAACAUAUGAAGAUUUCUUUGCAAAACAUCCGAGUCUCUAUCGAUUUAAAAACAAGCUUCCGUACCCGAUAAAUGUUGCCCGUAAUGUUGCUCGAUUAAAUGUGAAAACAAAAUAUUUGCUUGCUUCUGAUAUUGAACUCUAUCCAAGUAUCAAUGUUGUUAAAAUGUUCAAAGAGUAUUUAGAUCGAGAGAAAGCUAAUUUAGUGCCACUUGCUAACCAAAAUGUGCCUCAUGUGUAUGUUUUACCCAUUUUCGAGGUUAAUGCCGGAGUCGAGCCACCUUUAACGAAAAAUGAUUUGAUUCAGUUGGUCAAAAAAGGUGAAGCUAUUUUCUUCCACAAAUGGGUUUGUGAUAUCUGUCAAAAUUUCCCUGAUCGUGAUAAAUGGAUUGAAUCUAUUCCAAGUAAUGAUUCACUGAAUAUUUUCCGAUCUGCUAAAAGACUUAGAACUCGAAGUACUUGGGAACCACUUUAUAUUGGAACUAACGCUGAACCUCUUUACGAUGAGAGAUUAACAUGGGAAGGUAAACGAGAUAAAAUGUCUCAGAUGUUUGAAAUGUGUUUACUCAACUAUGAUCUUUUGAUUUUGGACAAUGCAUUCUUGGUUCAUGCUCCUGGUAUUAAACAUAUUGACCCAGAAGAUCAGAAGAGAAGAUCUCCUUUCAUUAAACGCAACAAUCAAGUUUAUACAACCGUGAUCUCUAAAUUAAGACGUAAAUAUGGGAAUAAAGGCAAUAAUCAAUGCUAAUAACAAGCUCAAUUUAUAAAAUGUAAAAUGAAUAUUUUAAUUGAGAUAUUUGCGAGGAUAAAUAAAUAAUGUUUUUUUGUUAAA